ACUCGAUGUGACGUGGUUUUGGUUUUGGGAGAGGGAGCUUGUCAUUCAGUGAAGUAGCACGAGAGAGAUUGCUCAUCUUGUGAAAUUUAGUUUAUGAGGCGAUUCACGUGUUGAGUGAACACUUCAGUGCUUUUGUGAUAAGAAGAUAAUCGGGGUAUUGUGUUUUGUGAGUGAUUGCAGCUGGUGCAUCGAGGGAAAAAUGAGGGAUAUUCCAGAGAAAGCAAACGCAGUCUUUGCCAAUGGGCUUAGCACCUUCGUCAUGGAUUCACUCCAUAAAUCAGUGGAAGAUCACCAAUUCACAACAAUGGACGCAUGUUUUACGGCUUUCGAUAAGGACGGAGACGAUAGACUCUCCUUAUCAGAGUUCACUUUAAUAUGCCGAGCCCUCUUCCGAAAUGAUAAGGGUCACAUUUAUGUUGUCCCUCCGGAUUGGUUAGAGCAUAUGUUUGCAGUGUUUGACAAGAAUGGUGAUGGUUUCAUAGACAGGGAUGAAUUUCAAUUUUGCUGGAACAACUGGAUAAAAACUAUUGUACGACCGACAAAUGCUUUCCUCAUUGUUGAUGUGCAGAAUGAUUUUAUCACUGGCUCCCUAAACAUAAGCAAUUGCAGUGCACAACAGAAUGGCCUUGAGAUAUUGGCUCCUGUUAACAAAUUAUUGGAUACCGUGGAUUUCGAUACAGUAUUUUACUCACUGGAUUGGCAUCCGAGUGAUCAUGUUUCAUUCAUUGAUAAUGUGAAAAAGCGCCCUUUGCACCAUUCCAGCCCUGUUGAUGCUGAUAAUGCUCAGGUUUAUGAUACAGUCAUUUUUGCUGGACCUCCGCCCAUGAAGCAGCGUCUCUGGCCACGUCAUUGUGUGCAGGAUUCCUGGGGUGCAGAGCUACAUAAGGAUCUCAAAAUUGUUGAAAAUAGCAUCAAAGUUUACAAGGGUACAAAUCCAGAGGUUGAUUCAUACUCGGUAUUCUGGGACAAUAAGAAGCUCUCUGAUACAACCCUCUGCUCGCAGCUGAAGACAAAGGGUAUCACGGAUAUUUAUGUAUGCGGUUUGGCCUUUGAUGUUUGCGUUGGUGCAACCGCCGCUGACGCCCUUUCUGCUGGCUACAGGACCAUUCUCAUUGAGGAUUGCUGCAGAGGUGUUGACCUGAAGGACAUUGAGAGUACGAGGCAAACAGUUUCCACCAACAAUGGAGUUAUUGUACAAUCACGAGAGGUGAAAGCAAUGGUUGAAGGCCGCGAUCGUAGACCUGAAUUGGGAUACAAAUUGGCGAUGGAGCUGAAGAACAGUGAUUCUGUUUUAGCACAACGUAGCGGCCGAAGACCAAUUUAAAAUAGCUUCUAUUCUCCUAAAGAGAAUGGUCACUGUUGUGAAAAUUAGGGAGCUAUUUGACUUUGCGUUUUUUUCCUAGUAAAUUGCGAUGAAGAUUUAUGAUUUAAAAUAUUGUUCGAUUUAAAUUAUAAAUUUUCUUCACUAUAAAGCCCCUACGAAGAAAAUCGCAGAGUUAAAUAAAUCCUUAAUUUAAAUUAAAACACCAUGGGAUCUUGAAAGCACAAUUUUAUAAUUUUUUCAGCAAGUUUAACAGUCACAACACAAAAGCUGUACUUAAAAGGUGUAUUGUCGUGAGUGUAGGUAAAGCUAAAUGGUCAUUCAGGAACACUUUAAUUGAAAAUAACAUUCCUAUUGGGAUAUUUAUUUAAGUUGUAUUAUUAGUUCACUUACAUUAUAGACAGGGCACAUGGUUUCAUUUAACAAAAAAGCAAAAAAAAAAACAAUUCAGGUUUGCAAUGGACAAUGUUCCGUCCUGAUUACUGUACAAAUAUACCAUAGUUGCAGAAACGGUUGAUUCCUUGUGAAGGAUACUUACAGUGAAUUUAACAUUAGAUUUAAUAGAAAUGCAAUGCACAAUUUUAAAGGCAAAAUAUUCCAAAAUUAAAUUAAUAGGAAUUAAAAUUUAUAAUUAAAAAAAUGUGAUUUUUUACUUAAGAGCUUAAAAAUUGAAAUAUCUCAAAAUAAUUUGAGACCUUUUCAAAAAAAAUUGUUUAUCAGACGUAGUUUUGCACUUUACAAAUAAGCUCCGCCCAAAAAUAAAUUUACGUCACGCCUCUUGAUGACUAAUUUGGUUGUUUCUUUAAUGAGUUACGGUUUUUUUUACACUACAAGGAAGUUAGAACGUUAGCAAACGCUUAGUUCAAAGGUACCGAACAUGAAAUUACAGUAGACUCUCUCUCAAUUGGACAUUUGGGGCAAAAUGUCAUCCGGUUUAGCGAUAGAUUUGGGCGUCAAAGCCUUUGUAAAUUCCACAAAAAGCGCUCAAUUAUAAAGAAUCACAAUAAAA